GAUGGUCGCGAAGAAGGGCGGCGGCGGCGCUGGGGGCGAGCGGGCGGGCUACGCGCUGCAGCAGUGCGGGCAGCUGCAGGACCUCAUCGACAUCUCGCUCUCCAGCCUGCAGGGGCUGCGCACCAAGUGCGCCGCCUCCAACGACCUCACCCAGCAGGAGAUCCGCACCCUGGAGGUAAAGCUUGUCCGCUAUAUUGGCAUCCAGCUACAGUGCAAGCUGAACGUUCCCCUGACUGACAGAACAGUUGAGUUGAACAGCUACCCGAGGUUCAGUGACUGGCUGUGUCUCGUGAAUGUGAGGAGAGAUGUCAUACAGAGGAUACCAGAGGAGCUGACCCUGGAUGCCUUACUGGAAAUGAAUGAGUCGAAAGUGAAAGACACCCUGAAGAGGUGUGGGGCUAGUGCGGAGGAAUGCUCUCGCCUCAACGGGGCCCUGACCUGCUUGAGGAAAGUGACCCGGACAGGUGGUGAAUACAAGGACGAUUUGGUAUGGAAUGCAUCAGACAUGCGCCGGGAGAACCACUUGGUGCCCCCUUCAGAACUCUCCCCCUGCCCCGCAGCAGUCAUGUGGAAGCAUGGCACCCUGUCAUCUUCAAAGGCAAAUGGCCAGCAGCCCCGCUCUGUCUCCGUGUCUACAAUUCCAUCUUCAGACAACAUCCCCUCGAGCCAGGGACCUCCAGCCAGCGCAGAUAACCUCUUGGAAUCUUUUGCUUUUCCUACUCACAGCGGGAGACGGAACCUUAGGACUCCCCACAGCAUUACUAUCACGCCGCCAACCACACCCCAACUCAAGAGGAGGAAACCCCCACGGACUCCACCCCCACCUAGCCGGAAGGUUUUCCAGCUGCUACCCAACUUCCCAACCCUCACAAGGAGCAAAUCCCAUGAAUCGCAGCUCGGCAACAGAAUAGACGAAGUACCUCCUAUAAAAUUUGAUCUCCCCCAAGGUUCUCCUCAAACGGUACGAAGAGAUAUUGGUCUGUCUGUUACACACAGAUUCUCUACAAAAUCUUGGCUGUCUCAGGUGUGCCAGGUGUGUCAAAAAAGCAUGAUGUUUGGAGUGAAGUGUAAACACUGCAGGUUAAAGUGUCAUAACAAAUGUACAAAAGAAGCCCCUCCCUGUAGAAUAUCUUUCCUGCCCUUGCCGAGAUUAAGGCGAACGGAAUCUGUCCCUUCCGAUAUCAAUAACCCAGUGGACAGACCUUCGGAGCCACAGUUUGGGACUCUUCCAAAAGCACUAACUAAAAAGGACCACCCACCAGCAGUGAACCAUCUCGAUUCCAGCAGCAACCCGUCGUCCACCACCUCCUCCACUCCGUCUUCUCCAGCGCCCUUCCAGUCUUCCAAUCCUCCCAGUGCAACGCCACCCCCGAACCCAUCUCCCAUGGGACAGCGGGACAGCCGGUUCAACUUCCCAGCUGCCUACUACAUUCAGCAUAGACAACAGUUUAUCUUCCCAGAAAUCCCCAGUCUUCUGCAAGUAAUGCAGCCGCCUGAAACUACAGAAAAAGAUAACAGAGCUGAUGAGCAUCCAGAGACCGAUGGAGUUGAAGCAGGUGACACAGAGCAAGCAGAAGACCCUGAGCCAAACAAAUCAGAGGCGGAAGACGACGAAGAUGAGAUCGAUGACCUGCGGAGUGGGCUGACCCGCUGGAGAGGGAUGAUCUCCCGCAAGGCCAGCCAGACAAGCGUCUACCUACAGGAGUGGGACAUCCCCUUUGAGCAGAUUGAACUGGGUGACCCCAUUGGCCAAGGGCGGUGGGGCAAAGUGUAUCGGGGGAGAUGGCACGGGGAGGUCGCCAUCCGCUUGCUGGAAAUCGACGGUAACAAUCAGGACCACCUGAAACUCUUCAAGAAGGAGGUGAUGAAUUACAGGCAGACCAGACACGAGAACGUGGUGCUUUUCAUGGGGGCUUGUAUGAACCCCCCACACCUAGCAAUCAUUACUAGCUUCUGCAAAGGAAGGACACUUCAUUCAUUUGUAAGGGACCCAAAAAUAUCUUUGGAUAUUAACAAGACGAGGCAGAUAGCCCAAGAGAUCAUCAAGGGCAUGGGGUACCUUCAUGCAAAAGGAAUUGUACACAAAGACCUGAAGUCCAAGAAUGUUUUCUAUGACAAUGGCAAAGUGGUGAUCACAGACUUCGGCCUGUUUGGGAUUUCUGGCGUGGUUCAGGAGGGAAGGCGUGAGAAUGAACUGAAGCUCCCCCACGAUUGGUUGUGUUAUUUGGCCCCAGAGAUUGUGCGCGAGAUGGCUCCAGGGAAGGAUGAAGAUAAGCUGCCUUUCUCCAAGGCUGCCGACAUCUAUGCUUUUGGGACCGUGUGGUAUGAGCUGCAGGCUCGAGAGUGGCCCUUCAAGAACCAGCCGGCUGAGGCGCUGAUCUGGCAGAUUGGGAGUGGCGAGGGAAUGAAACAGGUCCUCUCUGCAAGUAGCCUGGGGAAAGAAGUUGGCGAAAUCCUCUCGGCGUGUUGGUCUUUUGAUCUCAGUGAACGGCCCAGCUUCACUAUCCUGAUGGAAAUGCUUGAAAAACUGCCAAAGCUCAACCGGAGGCUCUCUCAUCCAGGGCACUUCUGGAAGUCAGCGGACGUGAACAGUAGCAAAGUUGUCAUCCGAUUCGAACGGUUUGGCUUGGGAGAUUUGGAAUCAAGCAAUCAAAAGAUCUAGUCCAGCCUUUUUAUGGUUCUUGUUCACACUUUCUGCCUGCAUCAUCUGCGAGUUUUUAUUUGCAAAUUUUCCCAGCAUCUUCCCAAAUAACAGAAGGAGCGUCACAAGGCAUACCUCCGCCCAGGUGGAUACCCAGUGAUGUUUCAUACAGAUCGUUACGUUUGCUUCUGAUGUCUUGAGUUCUGUUGCAGCAUCAGCAACUUUACUUAAAAAUGUUUACAUUAUGACUGUUUUUUCUGUAUGAAUUUUAAUGGUUAAUUAUAAAUGUGAUAUAAAGCUUUUUAUUAAAAAAAACUAUUUUUUUGCAAAUGUUCAGGUAGCACUGUAAAAACAACCUGCUUCAUUAAUGAGCUUGAUAUGGUUUAAAUUUAGCUUAAACUAUUUGAGGUGAUGCAUUGUGUACCCCCAUAGAACAUCUGCACUUGCAAUUUAAACCGGUUCCAAAUUGGGAUAAUUGCCUUGGAUUGCUCUCCCCGCCCCAGGCAAAAAAAUACUGGGAGGGCGGGGGGGAUACCGCAGCUCCAUGUGCAGAACGACAAUAAAUUCCCCAGCUUUUCUUGUCCGAGCAUCAUAGCAGCUGUGCGGAGUUCGAAAGUGCUUUCAACUUUUUGUGUGGAGAAUUCUUAGCUCAGAGGGAGGCCGGAGUCUACAAGGGCAACUGGAAUCGGUAUCUCUUGUGUGGGCCUAAGCACUGGAUUUAGACAUUGGUGUAGAAAUCAGUAUCUUGGCUGCUAAUUAUUUUUAAAAAGUAAGUUUCGAACUCUCAUAAUUCUUUGUAGAAAAGAAGACAACGAUGUGGAGGGUACAUGGGCAGAAUCUAAACGUCCAGAUACUAGGGGAGAGCUACUGGCAGGGUGUCGUGAUGCCUCACAGUUGGGUGUCUCUCCCUCGUCGCUGGUGUCUCUUUCCCCUAUGGGCCGCCUAAACCGAUGCCCCCCUUUUCAGCGGUGGUGUGAUUUGUGAAACCUGCAUUUUUGCGAGCAUAAGCUUCACACCAAUCUACUGGUUUACCUUAAUUCCAGAUGCAAUUUUAAAGCCAACUGGAUGCUGAUUUUUAAAAAAUCGAAUAUGAAUUUGAUUUAAAUCUUCUGCUUUUUCACUGCUGAUUUUCCCAGAGCAUGGGGGUGUGUGUGUGGGGGGGGUGGCACUCAUUCCCAGUGCGCCUGACAUGAUGCCUGAAACAAGAGUAUCCCUUUAUUCCCACCUUAAACGAUCCAGGAUGAAAAGGAAGGGGCUGGGGUGGGGGCUUAUGAGACAGCAGUGGCUUCCUCCGUUCAUCUUUGCUGAUCCUGCUAAGCAAAGAAACGGGGAAGUUGUGUUUCUUCAGUCGGGCAUCAAGAUUGCUGUGGUCUUAGACUGCAACUACAUAUGCUGCAGUUACUCAACCUUUUGCUGCAGCAUGGUCAGAUGCUGUGUUGUAACAAUGGUUUGCCUUGGGAUUGCCAUGUCUGUGCAGGAAAGCCCAGCAGCAGACGAUGAUGGUGCGUGGGUGCAGCUCUUACUUCCUCCCCUUUUAGCACUCCCCCCCCCCACUGGAUGUCAGCUAGUGAAAGAACCCCAUUUGAGGGGGGCUGGUUGGCCAGGCUGUGUCCUUUUUGCCAGUCUUGCCACAUUAUUGUUGCGAAUGUUUCCUUGAUGGAAAGACAGAGAAAAAUGAUGGGCUGGGGAGACAUUUAAUCCAGGACUCACUGAGUCCCACCCUGUGUUCUUACCCUCUGCCACCCAGACACUUCCAAUUGCUCAUCACGAGCUGGGCACAAUGGAGGUAGCCUCUCUCCAUUUUUAAUCCCACCCUCUGAUGGUGAGGUAGACUACUCCUGUACAUGGAGGGUCCACUUAGGCUACCAUGGCUAAUACCAUUGAUUGAGCUAUCCUCCACAGAUUUUCUCUUCAGAAGCUGCUGAUGAGCAGCAAGUAGUGAUGCCUCUUUGUUUACACUGGUGUAAAUCAGGAGUUGUUCCACUUAGGCCAGCAAGCAGGGCGGGGGGAGCCAAAUUGUUCCAGACGUGUCGCACAGGGAAAGGGCCCCUGCCCCCUGUUUGGUUCCUGAUUGUUCUGCUGUCCUUGGGACUGUAAGGGAGUGCGUUGGCACUCUGAGGCUGUAUCAUUUCGGUGUUGAACAAAAACAACCCCAAGAAUAAAAGGGAUAUAAAAAGAAAAUGUGAAGUGCUGCUUGGUCAUUAAAGAGAUUUUCUUAGCCACAACUUCAACAGUGUAUGUAAAAUUAAGUCUGUAAUACUAGUGAAAAUUGACAUUUUUUUUCUUUUCAAAUGUAAUGUAAACUUUGUACAGUAAAUAUAAAUAUAUAAAUAUAUAAAUAUAUUUUCUAUCAACUGAGUUUGUCUUCCAGAACAGCUAUUAAUUUAAUUUAAAAUUGUUAGUAUUAACCAAGAGUUCUGUAUUCGUUCAUGCACCUGGCCAAAAGAAAUAGACCUGCUAAAGAAAUUCUGAAUAAUUUAGGGUCCUUUUAAGAGAAUAAAACUUU